AUGGACUCUACUAGUGGUGGUUGUGAUGUAGGUUAUUCCAUAGGCAUUGGUGUAGAAGGUAGUGCCUGUGAUAUGGAAAUAUCACCUGGUAUGACUAAGUAUUGGCGUCCAAUUUGUGGCAACAGUUUGAAGCCUCAUGUUGGGCAACAGUUUGAUUCUUUGGAUAGUGCUUUUGGUUUUUAUAAACAAUAUGCUAGCUCUGUUGGUUUUGACUGUAGGCAGAGCACAACUCGAAAGGGUAGAGAUGGUGUUAUUGUGUUGAAGCAUGUUGUAUGUAGUCGUGAGGGGUUCAAGCAUAUCCAUUCUAGUGAUGUGAAGAGGCGUAGGGUGACAAAUAGGGUUGGGUGUAAGGCUAAGGUGGUUUUUAAAUUCAUUCCGAAAGGUUGUUAUUCUGUGCAUUUUUUUGAGGAACGGCAUACCCAUUCGAUUUGUUCAACUAUUGCUAAGCAAUUUUUAAAGGCCAAUCGCAAUCUUGAUGUUGGCCAUCAAAUUUUUGUUGCAAGUUGUGUUCGGGCAAAUAUUGGCCCUACUCAGUCGUAUAGGUUGUUUAAGGAGAUUGUUGGUGAGUAUUCUAAUGUUGGGGCUACAAGUGUGGACUUUAAAAAUUUCAAACGUGAUUUAAUGGUGUACAUUUUGAAUGGUGAUGCUCAAUUGUUCAUAGAUACGUUGUUUAAAAGGCGUGAACUGUGCGAAGCAUUUGGGUAUAAUCUGGUUUUUGUCCCAUUUACUGGCAUUGAUAAUCAUAAGAGAUGUAUCACCUUUGGUGCUGGGCUGCUUACGAAGGAAGACAUAAACACAUACGUGUGGCUUUUGGAGAGCUUUAAGAAAAUAAUGGGCAAUGAUCCUAUUUGCGUUGUUACAGAUCAAGAUCCAGCUGUGAAGGUUGCCGUUGCUCAAGUGUUUGGUGCGUCAAAACAUAGAUUUUGUAUGUGGCAUAUAAUGUGCAAGGUGGGAGAGAAGGUUGGACCGAUUUUGUCUAAAAAUGAGGUGUUUAUGAGGAAGUUAAAUUGCAUUGUUUGGGAUAAUUCAAUUGAUCCCGAGUCCUUUGAGUUGCGAUGGAAUCAGAUUAAGGAAGAAUAUGGGUUGGGUGAUAAUGGUUGGUUUCGUUACUUGUUUGAGUCCCGUACAUUUUGGGUAUCUCCAUACUUUCAUGACAAGUUUAUGGCAGGUUUGAUUAGGACCACGUCUAGAUCGGAGUCUCAAAACAGUUUCUUUGGUAGCUUCUCUAAUGGACAUUCUAGCUUGAUUGAAUUUUUGGUGCAUUAUCACAGUGUUAUUAGUGCACAGUGGCAUUCCCAAGCAAAACUAAAUGCUAAUUGUGAAGCUUGUUUUCCAGUGUUUAAGACACCAUUGGCGUUGGAGCGGCAUGCCAUGAGUGUUUACACAAUUUUUGUGUUUUAUGAUGUUCAAGAGCAGAUUUGUGCGACUUGUUUUUCUUGCCAAGUGGUGUCUUUGAGUGAUUAUGAUGGUCGUGCGUCAUACGUGAUAAAAGAUGGUGACCAUCGGGCAUGGGCUGUGGAGUUAGUUUUGGAUGAUUAUUGUGCAAGGUGUUCUUGCAAGAUGUUUGAGAGGAUGAGUUUGUUGUGUAAGCAUAUCUCUUUGGUUUUUAAAGAUCGUGGACUUGAGAGUAUUCCUUCUAGGUAUUUGGUGCAUCGGUGGACAAAGGCUGCAUGUUUGCACCUAUUAUUUGAUAUUGAUGGUACAGUUGUUGAUCAACCAGCGAAAGUGGAGAAUGUUAGGUUACUUACUAAUCUUAUGUGGUAUGAUAUUUAUGCUUGUGUGGGCUUAACUGAUGGUAAUAUUGAUCGUUUGUCACAGAUACGAAGCAUUAUUAAUGAACAAAGGAAAUUAUUUUUUCAAGACGGGAGUGAAAAUGACAGUGGCGUGGGUGUUGGUAGCAAGCAAAAUGUGAUUAAUUCGUUUUGUGGGUCUGUGUCUAAGGCCUCUAUAGUGGAAGUGCAUGACCCUGUCCAAGCUCAGAACAAGGGUAGAGGUAAGCGAUUGAAGAGUGCAAGGGAGAGUGCUGCAAGCAAGUGUGCAAAACAAUCAAGGAGAUGCCACACUUGUGAUGAAUAUGGCCAUAACAGUAGGACAUGUCCUUUAAAUAAUUGA